UCCAUUCAACCUACCUGUCAACUUUACUGUAUACGCUUCUUAUUUAACGUUAGCAACUAUUUAGCGUGUUUUCACUCACUAAACUCGUAUUAAACAGGACUGACAAAGUUCUAAAAAAUAAUGUCGUAACACUAGUUACAACGAGUGAAAGUGUUAGCGGUUUAAAUGGGCGAAGUUCAGCACAGUUAGUCCCCCCCGCACUGUCUAAACUGGCCGGUCUCCGGAGGAGUAUAUUAGUCAGAGCCCGCAGGAUGGAGUGGCUCUUCCAGCGAUGCUAUAAAGAGGUCGUCUUGAGCUUUCGCUCGGUACUGCUCGUGUCGUGUUUGUUCUUGAUCCUGCUGGCGUGCCUGUUCCCCGGGCUGUGGUCCAUUGGGGUCCAGCUUCAUUCUGUAUGCACAGGGAGCUAUGUACCAGGGCACUACUCUGUCCUUGUCAUCAACACUCCCAAUGAGCAAACAGCAAAGGACGUUGGCAGGGCAAUCAUGGAAAGGCGGUUGGCGGCCAGCGUUAACAUUCUCUCCAAGACCUCCACAAUGUUCUAUUGGAAAGGAGAAAUCCAGGAUGCAAAUGAAAUCCUGAUGCUGGUGAAAACAAAGACUUCCAGGAUCCAGAAGGUGGUGGACUACGUGAGGUCUAUACAUCCCUACGGGAACCCAGAAGUCCUCAGUCUUGCAGUAGAUGACGGCAGCUUGGCGUACAUGAAAUGGAUGGACGAAGCCAUUCCAGAUGACUGAUAUUUCGUUAAGGCCAAAACUAAUCUCAGCGAGGACUGCCGUCAAACAAGGAAACUGAGCCAUGUGUGUUUGUUGCUCUUAACUU